UAGAGACAGUUGCUGAUUGGCUGGGAGCUGUUGCUAUUAUACCUUUGGAAACGGAUAAAGCUGCACGAAGCAGAAUAGAAGUCUGUUGAAACUUACAGACUGCGUAUAAGCGACGGAGCCUUUUGCUAGUAGUACACCCUGGUUUUCCCGCAUGGUUUGAACAGGGGAAGGAUAUGCAGACGGAGUUAGUCAUCUUCAGAAACUUGAACAGGGCUUUGCUGCACCGCAGCGCACACACUGACACUGUGUACUCGCACAGCUCCGCUCAUGUAAAAACUUUCAACUGCUCAUCGACUGUUACAACAUUUUAUUACUGGAUGCACGGACACUGUGGAAAUUGGACACUGUAUUAGCUCGUUGAGUUACAUGAAAAAGCCCCGAACCAGAACUUUACUCACGCAAAGCAACAGCACUGAACAAGGUUGAAAGCGGGUUUUCCGUGGUUCAGCCAGCCGUCUUGGCUCUCCUCAGGACUACUAUCUGUCGCACAUCACACUGAGUUUUCUUUAGCGACACGUUGGACUCGAGAGGGCUAUCUCUCAGACUGUUGUAGCAAUGGUGCAGAAAACGAGCAGCACGGAAAAUCCAGAGGCGCUGUUUGCUGGGGAGUCCUCGGAUUCCGGCGCACUGGAGCUGGACAUGGCUUCUUCACCGACCCCCGGUUCCACGGCAUCCGGGGGUGACAAGCUUGACCCAGGCUGGUGCAAAACCCCCAGCGGUCACAUCAAGAGACCGAUGAACGCGUUCAUGGUGUGGUCGCAAAUCGAAAGGCGCAAAAUUAUGGAGCAGUCGCCGGACAUGCACAACGCGGAGAUCUCUAAGAGACUUGGCAAGCGCUGGAAGCUGUUGAAAGACAGCGACAAGAUUCCCUUCAUCCGAGAGGCGGAGCGGCUCAGGCUCAAGCACAUGGCAGACUACCCCGACUACAAGUACCGGCCGAGAAAAAAGGUGAAGUCAUGCGGCUCCAAACCGGGCGAGAAGGGAGAGAAGAUCAGCGGGAGCAGCUGCGCAAGCGCCGGUUCGAAACCGUCCUCGAGAAAGAGCGGAAGCCCCAAAUCAACAAGCAAACCCCACAAGAUCGUUCUGGCGAGCGCCAAGGCUGCCUUUCCCGAGCAGGGACCCGCGGAUCACCACUCUCUUUACAAAUCCAAGUCAGUAUCAGCUUCCAAGCAAAUGCCUGACAAGAAGACGAAGCGGGUUUACAUUUUCGGAGGCAACAGCGGCUUAAGUCAGUCUUCGGCAGCUGUGCCCGCCAGUCCAACAUUGAGCAGCUCCGCCGAGUCCAGCGAUCCCCUCAGCCUGUACGAGGACGGCGCGACUAGCGGGAAGGAGGGCGCCGAUUCCCCCAGCAGCUCGACAUCGGACCGCCACAGGUACACCAGCAUGCGGGCUUCUUCACCCACUCCGUCCGCUUCGCACUCAUCCGCCUCGUCCCAGUUCUCCUCUUCUUCGGACGAGGAACUCGACGACGACAUGCUGGACAUAAAUCCGAGCCCAGGUUUUGACAGCAUGUCACUGGGAAGCAUCGGCUCCUCGGUGCUGGACAGAGACUUUGACAUGCAUUUUGAAUCCGGGGCUUCUCAUUUCGAAUUCCCUGACUACUGCACCCCUGAAGUGAGCGAAAUGAUUUCGGGGGACUGGUUAGAGUCGACCAUUUCAAACUUGGUGUUCACUGCUCACGUAUUGAACUAGGAAAAAGUUCAGGAAAUACGUCCGAGGAAGAAAUUUAAACAAAAAGGGAUAGCAGACAAGUGUGUUUGUAAAAUGAGCCACCAUGUGACAGGUCCCGCCUGAAAGACAGCGGCAAAGCGCUGAUAAACAAAAGCUAGAACGCUUUCGUUGAACGUUGACAGGACGGAAAAGUGCAACAUUUUGUCGCGAGAGGGCUGAAGUCAUUUUGCCGCGUUUGGCACGAGACAAGAGGAAGAAAUU